AUGCUUUUUCUGUCUGUUCUUCUUGCCUUCGCGGCAUACCUGCUCAUAUAUCAGUAUGCAAUGACCAACUGGAACCACGCUCGCCGGGCCCGUCUCUGGGGAUGCUCCCCUUUGCCUCGCUAUCCAACAGACAUACUGGGUCUCGCUACCCUCAGAGAGUCUCUUAAGGCCGAUAAAGAGAAGAAGAUCCCUCUACUCCUGCAAAAUCGUCUCAAGCGGAUGUCAGCCCGUGAGAAGCGGCCCGUCACGACGUUUGUCAUCCGCCAGAUGGGCCUCGACAACAUCUUUACGUGCGAUCAUGGUAAUGUCCAGGCAAUCCUGGCUACCAAGUUCAAGAACUUUGAGCUAGGAGUCGGACGCCGACAUACGCUGUAUCCCAUGUUCGGAGUUGGCAUCUUCACAUCUGACGGCGAGACUUGGUCACGCUCUCGAGCUCUCCUCCGUCCCCAGUUCACUCGGGACCAGAUCAGCGACCUGGAUCUAGAAGAGAGUCACGUACAGCAAGCCAUGCGCGCAAUGAACGUUGACCCAGCCACAGGCUGGACCUCCUCCAUUGACAUCCAAGCCAUCAUGUUCCGGCUAACCAUCGACUCGGCAACAGAGUUCCUUUUCGGCGAGAGCGCUGGCAGUCAGGCAGAGGCUCUUCGCAACGGGGGCACCCUGCCCCUUAAUCACUUCUCUGGCGACUUUGACCUCGGCCAGUGGUACGUUGCACAACGCUCUCGGUUCGAAAAGUUCUACUGGCUGGUCGAUAAUCGGGAGAGUCGAGCAGUUGUGAAGCGAGUGCAUGAAUAUGUCGAUCGGUUUGUGCAUGCUGUACUAACCACAGCGGAAGACAGAAUUGAGAAGAGUCAGAGUUCAAGCUACGUCUUCCUCGAAGCUCUCGCUGCAUCAACCAAGGACCCCAUUGAGCUCCGCUCCCAGCUCCUCAAUAUCCUCCUCGCCGGCCGCGACACCACUGCCUCCUUGCUAAGCUGGUCUAUCCUAAUGCUAGCGCGGUAUCCGGAAGUAUUCACCAAACUGCGCUCUGUCAUUCUCGCUGAUUUCGGCUCCUACACAUCCUCCCGGGACAAGAUCACAUUCGCCUCCCUUAAAUCCUGUCGCUACCUGCAAUACUUCCUCAACGAGGUCCUACGUCUCUACCCCGCGGUACCCAUAAACCGCCGCGUGGCAACCACCGCCACGACCCUACCUAAAGGCGGCGGUCCGGCUGGGGACAAACCAAUCUACCUUCGUGCGGGCCAAGUCGUGACAUACAGCCCGUUUGUCACGCACCGGCGAACUGAUUUGUGGGGAGAGGAUGCGGAGGUGUUUAAUCCAGAGCGCUGGGUUAAUAAGAAAGUUGGUUGGGAGUAUCUCCCCUUCAACGGCGGGCCAAGGGUAUGCAUAGGUCAGCAGUUUGCCCUCACGGAGGCGGGAUAUGUGAUUGUUAGGCUCUUGCAGAGAUUUGAUGCAAUCAUGGACUGUUUCCCGGAAAGGGAGAUUAGGUAUGGGCUGACAUUGACGCUUGCGCCUGCGGAUGGGGUAUUUGUCAGAUUGCAUGCGGCAGAGUGA